AUGACAGUCCCAAUGAGCCACCCAGAAACUCUUGGAGAGCCAACUCUGCUACGCUUCCUACGAGACUCCCCCGUCCGAGCCCUACAGUGUGGAGCGGCCGAGCGCAGGCGCAGCUCCCUGGUGCUGAGCCUGCCGGGCCUCGAGGUGUUCCCUGGAGACCUGCUGGUGUCAGACAGUGCCAUGGACUACCUGCCCUGCUCAUCCUUCCUGCUCACUGCAGAGUCCAAAAAGUCAAGGUGGCCAUUUGCCAAAAGAGGAGUCGGUAAAGACAAACAGAAGCAAGCAUCUGAUCUGGAAAGUUGUCUUUCUAGUGUUAAGAUCACAGACUGCUGCACAGAUGAGCUUUUCUGCUUUAAGAGUAAAUCUUGGCAUGAAUUUCUAAAUGAGCAACAGACUGAGCAGAAAGAUGUCAAGAGCCAGUUAGAAGUGAAAAAAGAAGCAGCAGUGUGGGAACUUUUCACAAGUGAAUGCACUUACUUUCUGGAUCAUUUGUUGGUUCUCAAGAUGAUAUUUAUGAACACUCUAAAAUACCUCCAGAGCAAUGAAUUUCUCUUGGAUGUGGAUUUGUGGAGACUUUUUGCAAACUUAGAGGAGUUAAACAAGAUAAGUCUCAGUUUUCUGAAAACAUUUUUUGAAACUGUGAAGAAGCACAUCAGCAAGUCAGACUCUCCUAUGGAUUUCAACCCCAUACUCAGAAUGUUUUUCCAGGGUGACCUCUGUCAGACACACCAGAUUUAUUGCCUUAAUUAUACCUCUGCUGUUUUCUACUUGGAAAAGCUGAGACAGAGAGAAGAUUUUGGCAUCUACCUGAAGUGGUGUGAACAAAAUGAACAGUGCAAGAGGUUGCAUCUGCCAGAGCUGCUGGUUGCUCCUCUGCAUCGACUGACGCGGUAUCCCCUCCUCCUCAACAACAUCUGGAAGAGAAGCACUGAUGAAACAGAGAAAAGUUUUAUCCAGUCACUUAAAGAGAAGGUGGAAAAGUCUAUAAGGGAUCUGGAAGGAAAAGUCAAGUGGUUGGAUAACUUUCAGAAGUUCAGGCAGCUGCAAGAGGUCAUAAUUUGGCCUCAGGUCUGGGAUCGUGACAAAAGGUUCUUUAUUCCAGAGUGUUUGAAGCAAAACUUAAGAGAAAACAGCAGUGAAAAUAUUUUGUCUUCAGCGAACAGACUUCUCCUUCAUGAAGGGAAGCUGAUGCUAGCAGAAAGCACAAGGCUCCUUGAUGUCUACCUCUUUUUAUUUGAUGAUUUCCUACUAAUUACCAAAAUUAAACGUAACAAAAAGAAAUAUGGAGGCUCAGACACCAGCUUAAUCCCCGUCUGUCCUUCCCUCACUCCUGAGCUGCAGUCCUUCAUAAGAGAGGGGGGAUUUUGCACAGUCCUAGACCAGCCCAUCCCACUAGACAGACUCAUACUGAAAAAUGUUGAACCCAUCCAAGUUACAGUCUUCAGCCUGCGAAAUGCUUUUCUAAUUCAGCAUGAGAACAGGUAUCGGCAGUGCAUAGCACUCUUCUUGCUACAAGCUCAGACAGAGACUGCCAAGAAAGCAUGGAUGUCACAGAUAGAAACAGCAAUCUCCAAUUACACCACACAACAUGAAACCAAGAAAAGAACUGCCUUCUGCUUCCCUGUUGAAUCCUCUGAAAUUUAAUAAUGUCAGCAUUGCACUGAUAGAGCCAGUGGAAGAUUAUUGUGGUGAUAAUAUAGUUAUUUUAUAAUAUAAAUACAAUGCCUUAGGUCUCUGAAGCUAACAAAUUUCUGACAUGACAAAAGUAUGGUGCAUAGACCACACCAUGUAGGAAUAAAUUGGAGGAGGGGAAUGAGCCAUGCAACAAAUGUAUCACUCCUGGAUUCUCCUUGCUUCACCUAGGGAAGGUUCCUGGCACCCAAGGAAGUUUUAAUAGAGCUUGUCAUUUCCUAGAAAGCAUAACAGGGAAAAAACCCCUAUGUUGGUAAGGACAACGCAUUCACCAGAGAAGUUUAGAAGGGUUA